AUGGCGGCGAAGUUUCUUGGAGAACCUUCGAAAGUCAUAACGGGCAGCCACGACCGAACCUUAAAAAUAUGGGAUCUUAGGAGUAGAAUGUGUACAGAAACGAAAUUCGCGGGAUCGUCUUGCAAUGACCUCGUGACGUCAGACGGCGCAGGCUCAACUAUAAUUUCCGGCCACUUCGACAAGCGGAUACGAUUUUGGGACAUACGAACAGAAAUGUCUGCCAAUCACAUUAUGCUCCAGGGCAAGGUCACCUCGCUCGAUCUCAGCAGAGAUAGCAAUUACUUGUUAGCCUGCGUCCGGGACGACACGAUACAACUCAUAGAUUUACGAAUGAACACUAUAGUACGAUCAUUCAGUCAUGACUCAUUUAAAGUGGGCUGCGACUGGUCAAGGGCGGCCUUUGGCCCGGGCGGAAGGCUGCUUGCGGUGGGCGCGGCAGACGGCGCGGCCUAUGUCUGGAACACUUGUACGGGAAAACUCGAAGCGGUACUCAAAGAUCAUUCGUAA